AUGAACCGAGUAUUGAUUUUAAUCAAUAAAUCUAUAGACCGCAGAAAGAAGAGAUUCGAGGGUAACAUGCGGAUAGAGACUUGUUAUUUCUGCUCUUCACCGAUCUAUCCAGGUCACGGUGUUCAAUUCGUUAGAAAUGACGCCACAAUUUUCAAGUUUUGUCGAUCGAAGUGUAACAAACUCUUCAAGAAAAAGCGUAACCCAAGAAAGCUGCGCUUUACUAAAGCGUCUCGUCGAGCCCGUGGAAAGGAACUUGUGAACGAUGUAACGCAAUUGAUGGAACAGAGAAGAGAUGAACCAGUGAAAUAUGCCAACUUGAUUCGAAAAUCCCUACAACCCGGUAAAAUUGUGAAGAAGGCUGGAAUGAUCAAAAAGGCCGAGACGAAGUUGCAUCUUAUUCGUGCUCCUGUUGCCAACAAGGAAGCGAUCAAACAGAAGCAAAAACAAAAGGAACAGGAAAUGGAACUCAACUGA